UUUGAUUCGCACCACCAUCAUGGCUGAAGAUUUGUAUGCUGUAGCAGACUUCUGCCUCAUCCCUAUUGGCACUGGCGAUCCUUCGGUCGGGGAGUACAUAACCGAAUGUGCUCGCGUUCUUGAAAAGAGUGGCUUGAAAUACAAGAUGCAUGGAUAUGGCACCAAUCUAGAAGGACCAUGGUCCGAAGUCAUGAAGGCCAUUCAUGAUUGCCACGCAGCCGUACACCAACAAGGAGCCCCCCGCAUCGCCACCGACAUACGUAUCGGUACCCGCUCCUCGUCGAACGUCCCGACCGAAGGCGAAAACGCUCGAAAACUAGCAAGCGUUCAGCGACGUCUUGGGAAGGAGCCGGCGAGCACGGGCGCCUAAGGCUGGACGUCGCCCAGUUGGUAUGAUAAGUCAGGAUCGGGAUGUGCUCGCAGCUUAGAGUGUGGUUGAAUGUAUUCUUAUCAUCUAAGCAUUGGAAGAUCCUCGCUCUGUUACUCCUAUAGUUCGUCGUAGUGACGCCGCCAAUGAAGC